AAUUUUCAAAACAUCCCAGCCCUAUGUCAAGACUGCAAUGUCGUUUGUGAUUACUUUUGCUAGGCGUGGUUGAGAAUAACACAUUCGUUAAUACAUAUAUUAUAAUGCAGAUAUCCAGAAUAGUUCUGUUAACAAGUGCUAAUCAGGUUGUCAUUAUUAGUGUAGAUACUCUAACAAGCUAGUCAUGGAUUUUGACGGGGGAAAACCUGACAAAGAGUUAUCACCUAAUGUCUCUGUCGAUGUACCCAAACCUGCAUCAAUAGAAGACUUCAUUGUGGUGAAGCCUAUCAGUCGCGGAGCUUUUGGAAAGGUCUAUCUCGCAAGAAAGAAAUGCAACUCAAGGUUGUAUGCAAUAAAGGUCGUAAGCAAGGCAGACAUGGUCGAUAAAAACAUGACCGAGCAGAUGAGGGCAGAGCGAGAUGCUUUGGCCCUCAGCAAAAGUCCUUUUGUCGUGCAGUUGUUCUACUCUCUGCAAACAGCCACUAAAGUAUAUUUGGUGAUGGAAUAUCUGAUUGGGGGUGAUGUGAAGUCACUUCUUCACAUUUAUGGAUAUUUCGAUGAAGACAUGUCACUGAAGUAUAUAUCAGAGGUCGCACUUGCUUUGGAUUACCUUCAUCGCCAUGGAAUAAUUCACAGGGACCUGAAACCUGACAACAUGUUGAUCUCUAAUGAAGGGCACCUCAAGCUUACAGACUUUGGUCUCUCAAAGGUUAAGCUGGAAAGAGAGCUAAGCUUAGUGGAUAUCCUUACCACGCCUUCCUUAGCAAAGCCAAACAAAGAUUAUUUUCGGACGCCUGGUCAAGUGCUGUCACUGAUCAGCUCCCUUGGACUUAACACUCCAGCGAUGGAAGGGAAACGGCACAGCAGCUUGUCAGCUGCGGCCAGCCCUAAGACGUGCGGGAAGCUGGAGCGGCCCAAAACCUCGCUCUGCUCCCCUCACGCCAGGAGGAGGAGGUACAGCUUCAGUUCCCCCAUUUGCACCGCCCGAGCCUCAGGAACUAGCGGUAUGUUCAGAACAGAAAUGCUGUCCAAGUGCCUUACCCCCAGGCUGAUGAAGUCCAGACAACGCCAUGAGACACUGAGCACUGGGAGCAACCAGUCAUACCUUUGCCCUUCUGCCACAGACUCUGAAAGCGGCAUCAGCCCUCUUUGGGAAGACUUGGAGUGUCAGAACAUACCACCUCUGGAAGGUCAAGAUCCACUGAACAUUGCUGGGAAGAUCGUGGCUCCCUUGCCAUCAUUAGAGAAACUGAACAACACAAUGCGAAUCCCGGGGCGAGACAAUGCUCUGAUGACCCUUGACAAUCAGGACCUCAGGGCACAUCCAUUCAGAGGACAACUGGACUUUGCCUCUGAAGAGCAGAUCCAGGGAGGGAAAAUCAAUAUCUCUGCAGGAAAGAGGCUCCAGUUCGACAAAGAGGACUGCUGCUCUGCUAAUCCAGUAGGAAGUGUUCCUUGGCGAAGUGCCAUCUGCUCUCCACUCCCUAGCCAGGACGGGGCCACACAAGCUGCCACAAAGUCAGCUAAGCGGAACUUUGAGGAAGUGGACCGGAGCCCUGAUGCCAUGGGACUGCAGGCCAAGAGAGGGGACUCAGACUUCCAGCGCAGCUUGCAGGUGCCUGGGGAGGAGGACGGGAGGUACAGCACGGGUCUGACAGGGGUCUUCUCCACCGUGGGGUUAGGAAAACGCCAGGGCGGGUCAGGAGGCCAGAGACAAAUGAGGCCUGGGCCGACCCAGUCCACCCCAGCCGUGGUGACCAAGAACCUGCUUAGUGAACUGGAGGACCCUGAGGAGGAGGUGGUUGCCGUGGCGGCCAGGCGUGAUGAGACCGCAGCAGCCGAGCUGAGAUUCUUCUCCUCCUCACUCAGUGAGACGCGGGAGGCCCACAGGAGCCUGAGCUUGGACUCCGAGGGCUCGGCCCACGACACGUCCAUCAUAGGCUCCCUGCCACCUCUAGCUGAGAGCCCUAAAGAGGCCCUGUCCUCGUCGCUGGAGGACCUGGACGACCACGACAUCUCGGCCUGCUUCCCCUCCACCCCGGCAGCCGCCCGCUCCUCUGGCCCGAUUGCUGUGCCAAAGGCGGGGGCCUCCUCCGGGCGUGCACACGGGUCUGGCAGCUUCCUGUUCCAGCAGCGGCUCCCCGGCCAGCCUGGCAAAGGUGUCAACUCGCCCUCCUUCCUGCGGCCGCGGAACGUGGUGGCCUUCCGCAGCUACUGCAGCUCCAUCAACCGCUCCAGCCUCUCCUGCUGCUCGCGCCUCAGCCUGGGCUCAACCGCGGAGCCCAUGGACACGUCUGCCUUCGCCUCCUUCCACAGCGCCGCCAUGACGCCCGUGCAGAAGAAAAGGCCCAGCUUUAGCAGCUCUAUCCUGACCCCGACCCCAAUGGCCAUGGCACAUACUCCCUUCAGGACACCCAAGAGUGUCCGUAGGGGUCCGGAGCCCGUGCAGAUGGCCCAGAUUUUGGGCACCCCGGAUUACCUAGCACCCGAGCUGCUCUUGGGCAAACCGCAUGAGGUAAUGGUGGACUGGUGGGCACUUGGGGUGUGCCUGUUUGAGUUCCUCACCGGGAUCCCUCCUUUCAAUGACGAGACCCCUCAGCUCGUCUUCCAGAACAUUCUCAACCGAGACAUCCCUUGGCCUGAUGCCGAGGAGGAGAUUUCCCACAAUGCCCGCGAUGCCAUAGAGAUCCUGCUAACCAUGGAUGUGACCAAACGUGCAGACCUGAAAGAGCUGAGGUGGCACCCCUUCUUUGAGGGCUUGGACUGGGACAACCUGCACAAUCAGAAGAUGCCUUUUAUCCCACAACCUGAAAACGAGACAGACACGUCGUACUUCGAUGCAAGGAACAACGCCCAGCACCUCGCCCUCUCUGCAUUCAGCAUGUAGUGGUGGCCAGGGCUUGAUGUCUGGUACUCUCUUUCUUAGUCACUGAUCCCCUGUAUACCUAUUUAUCGUAACACAUUUCUACAUUUCUUUGUUUAUAUAUAUAUAUAUAUAUAUAAUAUGGGUAGUGUCCUAUGAUGAGGGUUGUGUUGACUAGUAGAACAAUUACAGAACAUGGUUUGUUAGGAAUUACAUGAUAUAUAUGUAUGUAUGUAUAUAUUUUCUUAAAAUAAGGUGGGAGUUAUUUUAAUAUUUAUGUUUAUGCAUGCACGCACGCACACGUGGACAUUCAGUUGUGAAACUUUUGUAAGUGUUGGUGCUCGCAUGUAUUGUUUUGUUUUCCAGAUGUCUUAAAGGAUCAGUCUUUCUCUUCUUUCAAAAUGCUUUAUCUACCUUAUCUACUUUUAUCUACUUUUAUCUACCACUCUAUUUAUCUUUUUUUCUACCUUUUGUUCCAACCUCAAAACACUGUUCUUUUUACUGUUUUAUAACAUGUCAGUGCUUGACAAA